AUGCAGGCGGAAAUGCACCCCGCGUGCGCAUCCUCCUCCUCCUCCGGGCUGCUUUGGCAGUUCGGCCUCCUGGCCGCGGCCCUGGCGGCCUACGGCGCGACCAUGCCGGCGCUGGGCGUGGCGCUCGGGGCGCAGCUGGCGGUGGCCCACCGCCCGGGCGAGGGCCACCGCUGGCGCUGGGACCCGCGGCCCUUCUGCGCGCUGAUGGUACUCCUCACAGUCUACCUCUCCACCUACCCUUGGCAUGGCUUCCCCGGCGCCUGCGCCGCCCGCGGCUGGCCGAAGCGAUGGCGGAACCUAGUGACCUGCACUGCCGUGUGCGCGGCCGCCACCCUGUCUACUAUCAUGAAGCGGCCCGGGUCGAGAUACAUCUACGAUGCCCUGUGGUGCGUGCACGGCUACUGGCUAAUUCUCGCCACCAAAGCCAUGUGCGACCUGUUCACAGAGUGCAGCCUGCCAGCGCAGGCCUUGACUGGAAGCAUGGCAGUUACGAUGGAGGCGGUGAUGUUCGGGUGGAUGGCCUACAUGGCAAGGAUCCGGCAGCCCUGCGUGGUUGGCAUGUUUGAUAGCAGAAGGUGGGUCCAAAGCAUGUGCAACGCUUACCUCGGCAGCUGCGUUGCAUACACCCUGGCCUUGGAAGACAAAGGCCAUUGGUGGCACUUCAUGAUGGUCUCCCUCCUCUGCCGGAGCAGUUUCCUCCUCAUCUUCUGCUCGCUCAACGUCGGCAAGGUGAUGUGCCGCCUCCACAGCUUUCGGCUGCUUUGCUUGGAGGAGCGGCGUGUGAAAGGCGUGCCACAGCAGCAGGCGCACUGGGCCAAAGGCGUGGUUCGCAUGGAUCUCAUCAUCAGCGUCGUGGUGUGCUUGACGAGUUUACGCACUUUUUUCCAGUCGUACGUCAACCAAGUCAUGAUGCUGCUGGAGGAGCGCACAGUGGAUAUGUGGCUGCGGGGCCCCGCAGAGCUCACGCCGGGGGCGUUGCACAUCAUCUCCAUGGCUACAGUGAGUGGCCUGCUGUGGCCCCUGCUGCCAUUGGAUGUGCCAGAGGUGGAAGAGCUGGAGGUGGAGGUUGCGAAGGAGUAUUCUCCGCCAUACCGGCUUGAAGAAAAGGAUGUCUAUGAGGCGAAGGUGCGUGAGUUGGCAGGCCGCGGCUUCAGCUUGCGGUCGCUCAUGGCUUUUUGGAGUCAGCUCCUCGACGGGAACGUCAUGCCCAGCUUUGACCCGCGUCUUUCCACCACGAACGACGUGGUGAGGGAGGUGGUGAUCCCUAUGUCCCGCCGCGGCCGGGGCGGCGUGGCGCUGGCGGAGCUUUGGAAUGAGGGCCCCGUGUGGCCUCAGAAGAUGGUCACCCACACCUGGACCAACUCCUUCGCCCACCUCACCGCCGCCAUCGUGGCGGAUGCGCUGGACCUUGGCAGCUACGCGGCGGUGGCGGAGAAAUUGAUGACAGAAGAGGGGGUGGAAGCGCUAACAGCGGAGCUGGAGCGCAAGGGCCAGAUCAGCGCUACCUACUGGGUGUGUGCCUUUGCGAUCAACCAGCACGCCAGCAUUUGCAGCCAAGUCCAGGAUUCCAGAUCGCGGAACUCAGUGUCGGGCGAGCUGUUCCACUUGUGCGACUGCCAGGAGCCCAAGCUUCUUGGAGAUCACCCCCAGAGCGAGAUGAACAAGUUUGAUUGCAUGAUGGCGUUCCUCUCCCAAAAGGUGGCCAACUUUGGUCAAGUCAUCGCGGUCGACGAGGGUUUCGGCGUUCUGCACCGUGCGUGGUGUGUGGCAGAGAUAGUGGAGGGCAGCCGCCUGGGACUUCGGGCGCGCGUGGAGGUGCUUUCGCAGGAUGCUGUGGAUCGGAACUAUCGGCAGCUCUCCUUCUUGGAUGUGCGGAAUUGCCAGGCCUCUGUGCCGAGUGACAAGGAGAUGAUCUUGUCGAAGAUCGCCAACGUGGAGGCCUUCAACCUGCGUUUGCAAAGCCUGGUCUUCGGCACCUGCGGCCUUUUUGCGGACUGGCAGGAUGGCCUAGAGCGCACCAAGCAGGUGGGACGGAUUCUUAGGCGUGCCUUGACGGAUGCAAGCACUAGUUCUGCAGAUUCUUGGCCUUCUUUCAGCAGCUCGUUCAGGGACCUAGAUGAGCUUCCUGUGGUGGACGUCUGCUAUGACGAGGGCGAGUACUCUGCUGCGGAUUGCAUGAGCCAGAUGGCCUCCAAUUGGAACACAUCUUGCGAGGGCCCACGGGUGCUGCUGGAGCUGAGUGGCACCGGCAGCAAACAGGACGUGCCGGCUGACCAGCGCCGACUUGGUCCCUUCACGCUUGGGAAAGCGCCGUGGAUCAUGGGACGUCGACACCAACGAGAGUUCUUGCAAAAGACCGUCAAGGAGGAGUGCCUAGAUUUCAUCAGCAGGGACCACUUCGCCAUUGCGCAUGAGGACAACACUUUUGUGCUGCUGGCGCUGUCGCAGAACCGGCUUUGGCUUGAUCGCGGCAAAGUCGAAGGAGCUAGGAGUUUGACCCGCGACGAGAUGUUGCCGCUGCGCCCCGGAGAUCGGAUUCUUCUGGGCACCGGCGAUGCCGCGGACUGCCAGAGGCUCUGCUGGCGAUUCAGCCUGGAGAGGAUCGGGGCUGCUUCCAGAGCUUCAAGAGGACGCUGCUCUUGA